AAUUCAACAAACAAAUAUAUAAAAUGACAACUUCUGAUAUUGCUAAAUAUUCUUAUUUGCAUUUAUUUGAAGAAAAAUAUCAUUCAAUAAUUGCUUUAGAAUUAAAAGAAGGUCUAACAAUUAGAAGAACAACAGAAAUUGCUUUACAAAAUAUAGAGAUAUUAAAAAAAAAUAAAGUUUGUUGUAUGAAGUUUGAUGAAAUUCAAGCAAUUAGGAUUUUUCAUGAAUGGGACGAUGAUGGUGGUGAAUUAUUUGGUGUUAAAGAAUUGUUCUUUUAUUUAAGACAAUAUUAUUAG